AUGCAAUCCAACAUAACAUACAUCCCCAACGUCGAUCUCGAAUCCCCACACGUCGGCAGCGAUCUCGUCCACUUUCUUGAAUCAAACCACAUACCACACCUAGACAUCGUCAUCAUAACUGCCGGAUACUUUAAGACAGAAUCGCUUAAGGAGCCCUCGUUCUCCGCACAACAGCGCAUGUACACCAUCUGCGCCAUCGGCCCCACCAUCCUCGUCACCGCCCUCGCCAACUACAACAGCACGCUCCUCUCCUCCGCCUCCAAGAUCGUCUUCGUCUCAUCCGAAAGCGGCAGUAUAACGCUGCGACACGAAUCCGAAGGCGGCGGCAACUACGGUCACCAUGCCAGCAAAGCGGCGCUCAACAUGUGCAUGAAGUUGUUGAGUAUAGAUCUGAGGGAUCGGGGUAUUGCGAUUGUCUCUGUUCAUCCGGGCUUCAUGCGGACGGAUAUGACCCGUAAUGUGGGCUUUGAUAAGUUCUGGGAUGAAGGAGGGGCGGUUGAACCUGAUGUUGCUGCGGAGAGCCUGGUGGAGUGGAUUGAGACGUUUGAUAUUAGUCAUACUGGACAGUAUUGGGCGCCGAGGGGACCUGGGUAA